AUGAAAUCUCAAGAAGUGGUUGGAUGGUGGAUGCUGUGCUAUUCAGAUUUCUCUGUGCACUGUGAGCUAUCGUAUUGGAGUGCUUGUCAAAAAAAAGACAUGUACGGUGGUUCAGUGUGCCAUAGAUGUAGAUGCCCAUCAUCUCAUUUGCAAUCGCCAUCUUAUUCCUCUUCCUUCAUCUCAUUCACUUUCCAGCUUGCUGCCUUUAAUAAAGAGAAACUAUGUCUGACACCAAGGCUGUGACUGCAAAAAAUGGCACCGCACCCGAUGUGCUGAUCGCAGGUGCUGGACUCGGAGGCCUGCUGCUUGCCGCACUGCUGGAGCGAGUCGAUAUCCCGUACCAAAUCUUCGAACGUGCAUCGGAACUGCGUUCCCUAGGGGCGGCAAUCAGUAUCGGACCGAGCAUCCUUCCUGUUUUUGAACAACUCGGUCUGAUGGAAGAGUUAAAGAAAAUAUCUCUUCCAUGUAAUUCGCUUGACCUUUACAACGUCGAUGUCAAGAAGUUGGGGUCUUUCAAUCUGGGGGAGCAGAAAGCAACUACUGGAUAUAACACCAUCUUGAUCGCAAGACCACAGCUCUACGAGCUUUUGCGCAAGCAAGUGCCUGCCCAAAAAAUCAGUCUUGGAAAAAAAGUCCUCCGCAUAGAGGAAAGCGAUGGCAAGGUGCGCAUUUUUUGCGCAGACAAUUCAUCCUACAGCGGGGACAUUCUCGUUGGAGCAGAUGGUGCCUACAGUGCAGUGCGUCAAAGUCUUUACAAGAAUCUUGACAAGAAGGAACUCCUUCCUAAAAGCGACUUGGGUGAGCUUUCGGUCGGAUAUAUUAGUUUGGUAGGUAUUUCUGAGCCUCAGGAUCCAGAAAAAUACCCACAGCUGAAGGAUGACUUUUGCCAUUUUGCGCAAAUCCUUGGGCACAAAGGCAUGGGGUGGAGUGUGAUUAGCGUGCCAAACAACCAGAUCUGCUGGGGACUGGGGAUUCAGCUCUCUGAAUCGGACGCCAAAGAGCAGCAGUUCCGCAACUCGGAGUGGGGCCCCGAAUCGAGCGAAGCCAUGAUCCAAGAGCUGCGGGAUUUGCCCUGCGCAUGGGGUGGCACUAUGCGCGAGAUCGUUGACGCGACUCCAAGAAAUUUGAUCUCGAAGGUGUUCUUGGAGGCUAAGCUGUUCUCGACAUGGUAUCAUGGCCGCACGGUUCUUCUGGGAGACGCGGCUCACAAGAUGCUCCCUGGUGCCGGUGUAGGCGCUGUGAACGCGAUGCAUGACGCGGUCGUCCUCGCCAACUGCCUAUACAACAUGUCCGACUCAACCCCUAAGUGUAUCGAAGCAGCAUUCCAAGAUUACUACAGGGAACGAUACCCUCGAGCUGAAGAGCAAUACGCACGAAGCGAAGACAUGUCGAAAGUCAUCUUUGGCCAUGUAAAACACGGAACCCGAUUUUUCGCACAGAUUCGAGCGACAUAACUAUCCGUUUUCUCAAGUCAACUUUCAACUUUUUGCAUAUGUUUAGUCCUGGAAAGAGCGGCUCAUUCGCCAUUUGGUCCUGAACUACAUUCCAGACUGGGUGAUGAGCAAAGGACUCGCCAAGUCUUUCGAAUACCGCCCACAGGUAGCCUGGUUACCGCUAGCCCCAAACCGCGGUACAGGACAUGUACUUCCCCAAGAAGGUGUACGAAAAGUAGAAGAGCAGCAUGUGCACCCAAUUUGAAUUGCACCUUGAAACUGAUAGGACAACGAUAGAUUGAUUUGUGAAAGGAACAUGGGCGCCGCCAGCACGAAAUAAACACACGCGUCGCGCGUCAAAGACGAACGACGGACGCAAAAUUCAGCUGUCCUCAGCC